AUGGCUGCUGUCCCCUCAACCGCCACCGAUCCCAUCGAGAUCAAGAAAGUCGACAACGCCGCCAACAACGCUGCUGCUGCUGCUGCUGCUGCUGCUACCGCCGUCCCCAGGAAACGAAGAAGAAGAGCACCAGCCACAGGAGCCACCGAAGACUGCUUUGCUUGCAAGAAACGUCAAGUCAAGUGUGAUCGUCGUCGACCCUACUGUGGCCAGUGUGUUGAAAUUGGAAAGGAAUGCUCCGGCUACCGUACCACCUUGACCUGGGGAGUGGGCGUCGCCAGUCGUGGGAAACUGCGGGGCAUGUCUUUACCCAUUGCAAAGUCUCCGCCUGUCACUGCCUCACAGGAGCCAAACAAACAGACACGAACAAACUCAGUUACCGCUGCUAGCUCACAACAGGCCACCACGGCCGCAUCACAACAAGCACAUGGCCACUUCAACAACCGUGGAAGCGUGGACUAUGGCGCCUGCUCUCCACCGAGUCCUACCAGUCCAAACAUGUACUCUGCACCGCAAGAAUAUCGCUAUCUUGGUCCUACCAGCCCGAUCCCAAUUCCAUCGCCCUCUACACCCAUGGGCUUCCCAAUGUCCCAACAGGGGGACCAUUUCGAGUACCUCAUGUCAAAUCACUCCAAAAUGGGCCAACAACAUCACCUGCACCGAGGACCACUCCAGAGGCUACAGACGACCCUCCGUAUGCCCUUUGACGAUAAUGGCAUGUCUGCCUCGUCUGCCUCGUUAGGCACCUACAGCGACAGUGACUUUCCCUCACCUAGCGAGUUCCCACAUACCCCUGUUGAUGAGUUCCCCUUUGCCGAUCCAUCCAUCCCACGCUACUCGUACGGCUCACAUGAUCAUGGCCAGAUGGGUUCACUGGACAAUUACUUCUUGCACGAAGCCCCCCGCCUGUUUCCCAUUGCCGACGACAUGAGCUCCAGCGUAAGCUCCGACCAGAGCAUCCACGACUACGCCGAAGUGAGCUCGUCGACCCAGCAAAGCAUGGGCACGACUGCAUUUCCAGAUAUUUUUGUAGAGGGAGAGAUGAGCUCGAGUUUCACUGGAUUCCAGCCUGGCUUCUCUUUUCUCCCGUCGGAGGGUAUGUCUUCAUCCUAUGGCUCUGGCCCCCUGUCUCUAGACGUACUGUCGCUCACCACUUCUAUUCCUCAGAGCCUUACCAUCGCUUCGCCCCUUUCCCCGCGGAUGCUAUCCCUUCUGGACUACUACGACAAAUAUAUAUGCCCGGUACUGGUGGCUUUUGACACUCCAGCCAAUCCCUACCGUAUGCACAUUAUUCACCUAGCCAUGCGGAGCGAGGAGCUCCAAAACGCUAUUGCCGCCCUCGCAACCAACAAUAUGCGCAUGCGAGGUGGCAUCGAGGGACGUAGACUGUCCGUUGCCCAUGACAGCCGCUUAAUCCCCGCUCAUGCGUACUCGCAAAUGACGACGCAAGAAUUGCGUGAGAUGCAUGGUGAAGCCUCUGGCGAAGAGAAGCAUUACAAGCAGACUUCUAUUGCCCUGCUCAAUAGGAAGCUCAUCGACUAUGAUGGCUCGCAGGACGACUCUGUACUCGCCACGCUUCUCAUCUUAUGCCUAUUUCACGUCUGUGACUCGGGCUUCACCAAGUUCAAGACUCAACUGGCUGGCGUGCAAAAACUGCUGAGUCUACGUGACCGAACCAUUCAAUCCGAUUUUGUGGGCUGGAUCGAGACUUUCUUCACUUGGUUUGAUGUCAUGACGGCUGCAGUCAACGAUCGAGAGAUUGAAGUACGCGGCGACUCACUCGACAUGAUGAAUCUGAGCGCAAAUCUGGGCGCCCUAGAGCAUCACUCUGGCUGCGAAGGCCGCCUGUUCAAACUCAUUGCGCGACUGGGAAGACUCAACUUGCUAAGUCAAAAUCGACCUGUACGCGACAACGACGACACGCCCACCUCAUCACCCCGACCCAGAAAGGUCAAGGACUUUUACUCGUUCAGUUUUGAUAACAUGGAUGGAAAUGGAUGGGGAACACCCAUCAACGAGACACCGAAUCCUUUUCACUCUGCACAGCGCGAAGAUCCACGCUCUGCUUUCUGGACCGAGUGGAACGAUGUAAGGGUACGCCUGCAAGAUUGGGAAUUUCCUUCUCCUGGAGAGCUCCAUUCCACCUCCUGCGAAGCCACCUCCUCCCUACUCGCCAUGUCACCUGCCCAAGCCGCCUUGUUACACAUUAGCGAGAGUUUUCGCUACGCAGCCCUGCUCUACACCGAGCGCCUAGCCCAUCCCACGCUCCCCGCCAGCUCCCUCAACUUCCAAAACCUCGUCUCCCAGGGCCUCUACCACAUUUCGCAGAUUGGCAUCACCAGCUGUGUCAACAAGUUCCUGCUCUGGCCACUCUUCAUCAUUGGCACCGAGUGCGUGGACCCGGAGCACCGCGCGCUUGUGCGACAGCGGUGCGUCGAGAUUCAACGUGAAAGCGGCUUCUUCAACAAUCUCAGCGGCCUCGAGGUCCUCGAGCGCGUGUGGCGCGAGGACGACGAGUGGUCAGACGGCGAUGUGCAGGUGCCCCGCCAAAACGGGCCGUUUAGUACCAUGCAGCAUCCGUUCCGGUGGAGAAGAGCCAUGGAUCGCGUCGAUGGAGAGUACAUUGUCAUAUGA